AAGUGAGCGAGCGAGCGAACGGGAGAGACCGAAGGGUGAGUCGCAGAAUCGCAGGCGCUCCGAGGGUGGUCCAGCGCGCGUCGGAGUCGUCGUGCUCUUCCCGAUCGGGAUUCGCGAACGUGUCUUCGCCGUCGCCGUCGCUGUCCGCCGUCGCUAUCGUCGCCGUCGUUGCUGUCGUGUGUGUCGUGUCGCGCGCUCUCGUCGCGUUAUACCCUUACGAGGGAGAGUCGGCUCGUUUUUCCGCCGUUCUACCGGUGUAUGUGUGUGUAUAUGUGUGCGUGUGUGUAACUCGUUGAUCUGGUGUUCUCGAAACGUGUUCUCGCGCGCGCGUGCAGCGGAAAGAAGUUUCGGGGAAGUUGUCGACGUGGGAAAUUGGCGAAAGUCGAGCGGCAAAAGUGUGCGGCGAGUGUUUGCGGAUCGGUCGACGACACCGUUGUUUUUCGGUACACCGCGGGCCGGGUUGUUGCAGCAGCAUCGCUAUAGUUGUGUAUAGUUAAUGAGAUUCGCCCUCACUUUCCAUUCUUAAACCUCUAAAAGUUAUUAAAUAGAGAAGAAGAACGAGAAAUACCACCGAGCAAAUUUCAUACGCCAAGACUGACCCUUGACUUUGCUGCCUCGAUUUACGAUCGGCAUCGCGACACGGCCUCGCGCGAAGCCAUCGCCAGCGGGAAAGUGCAUAAAGCGCGAGUGCGAAACCAUUUACCAGACUCCUUCGUGCGCCGUUUUUUUUUCUUCUUCUUCCCCAUUGUGUCCGUUUUACUACCAUUUUAUGUCGAAGACGAGGCUGACGGGAGAAAUUCAAAAUCAAUCGAGUGUACAUCGAGACCCGACCAGCGGCCUUCUUCGUCGCGCAAAGGCGACGAACAUUUGUGUGUGAUGAUUCGACGUGAUACGACACUGAAGAAUCUUGACGGAUCAAAAUUAUUCGCGACGUCCUCGAGUGAAACUUCGAGGAGGGAGCUCUGACUCGUCCAAGAAGAGACGCGAGAUUUCGAUGGCGAGAUAAAAAUAUCUCCAGUCAAUUCGAGUCAUUGGACCAAUUACUCCAGAUGUAGUUUUCGAUUUGUCCUACGAAACCCGGAGAAACCGUGGAAAUGUCACCUUAGUGAACUUGUUACCAAGACUGGUUACUCUAGGGACGAUCGAUAAGAACGAGCGGUAACAUUUAGUGCAGAUUGGUAGAGAGGAGAUCUUCGUGCGUUCUCUUGCUGAAGAUGGACGCUCUGGAGCUGCAGGCCGCCUUGGUGAAGCUCGAUCCGGCCACCACGGUGACGCCGAUCGGUACCACCGUGAAGCUGAUGCCCCAUCAUCGCGUCGCAUUCACCGUGAACAUCGACGACGAGAGUGAUGACAUGACUUUGGAGGAUUCGACGCGGAACGACGACGAGAAGUCGCCGGCCGAGACGGCGACGUCGGUGUCGAGGAAGACGCCGGGUAACUGCGCGGCCGGCCUGACGACGGGUCACCAUCAGGGCGGCGGCCAGCAGAUGGGUGUCUCCAAGUGCGGCAUCGCCGAGGUCAGGUGACGCCAGCCA